UAGCAUGGAGCAAUGGAGGAACCUUCGGAGCAUAUAUCUUAAAAUAAACCAUCAGACGUAACACGAGAUCUCGUCUCAUUGUUGAUUAUUUAUUUUACUAUUACGUUUACAAACUUUCAAUUUUAUUCCAUUUUUUUUAAUUUAUAAUAGAUCAAUUUAACAUAAGUUACCAAAGAUUGUAUAGGCAUAGAGCUUGAUUAUAGUUGUUAUUGUUAUUGAAGAAGUAGAUGCUACUUGGUAUAUGGAAUAAGAAGAUAGAGCAUAGAACGGAAGAGAAGAUGGCUGCGACGAUAGUGGAGAAUCCUCCGCCGCAUCUUAUUACGACGAUAGAAUGGAGUAUGAUGGAUAAAGGGAAGUUUUUCCCACUGUACACACUUAGCAGUUUUACAGUACGCUGUGCCCUAUACCCGCUGACGCUAGUGAAGACGCAAAUACAGCUGCAACGUAGGAAGGAGGCCUACAGCGGAGUCGCCGACGCCAUCUCCAAGAUAUACAGGCAUGAGGGCGUCUCCGGGCUGUACCGGGGCUUCUGGCUGUCUAGUUUUCAGAUAAUUUCUGGAGUAUUCUACAUCUCCACGUACGAGGGGGUGCGGCAUGAGUUAGGAAAAUAUGACAUUAGCCCCAAAGUAAAGUCGUUCAUAGGCGGCGGGUGCGCGUCGCUCGUGGGGCAGACCAUCAUAGUGCCGUUCGACGUGCUCAGCCAACACUUGAUGGUGCUGGGACUGAUUAAAGGAAGAGCUGGGGGCAGUAAAAACCCUGUAAUGAACCCACUAGGGUUGAACCUAGAUGGACGAUUAUCGAAAUCACAGCUAGCCCGAGAGGUAGCACGGCGGGUAUACCAGCAACACGGGUUACUCGGGUACUACCGCGGGUACCUCGCCUCGCUUGCCGCUUACGUACCGAAUUCAGCACUAUGGUGGGCGUUGUAUACCGCUUAUCAAGAUGAGCUACUAAAGAUAUGUCCGACGUGGGUGUCCCACCUGCUCAUCCAGUGCGUGGCCGGCACGCUAGGCGGGUUCACCACGACCAUCCUCACCAACCCGCUCGACAUCGUCCGGGCGAGAUUACAGGUAGAAGGCGUCGGCACGAUGCGAAAAGUAUUCAAAGACCUCUGGGCCGAGGAGGGUCUGUGGGGUCUGUACGCGAAAGGGCUCUCAGCGCGACUCCUGCAGUCCGCCUGCUUCUCAUCCUCCAUCAUACUCGGCUACGAGACCAUCAAGCGGCUGGCGGUGGCCGACCAGUACCGCGCGCACGUGCGCUGGUAAUAAACAA